GCGACACAUUCGGUGACCAAAGUAAAGAUGGCGGACUUGACCGGGACGGAUCUCUCAGAAGAAAAUGAAGCCGAAACAGUGCUAAAGAAUAGAUUUAAAAGACCGUGGGGUGAUUUGCACCGGUCGCAUAAGAUCGGAAUAACUCCCGAGUCGCCAGAGACGCUGGGGUUUUACGACAUAACCGCUGUCAGGAGAGAGCAGCAUGAUCUCUCAUCAGAUCCAUCAUUGACGCGCUUCAUCUGUGCAGAACUCACCAGAGGUUACUUCCUGGAACACAAUGAAGCAAAGUACACUGAGCGCAGAGAGAGAGUUUACACAUGUAUGCGUAUUCCCAAGGAACUGGAGAGGCUGAUGAUCUUUGGCUUCUUCCUGUGUGCCGAUGCCUUCCUGUAUGUGUUCACUCUGCUGCCCCUCAGAGUGCUGCUGGCCCUUCUCCGCCUCCUCACUCUGCCAUGCUGUGGCUUCAGGAUGCGCACAUGCCCAUACUGCAGAAGAAGCAGUGGGUCACGUCUGCUGCAGCCAGCACAGGUAUGUGACAUGCUGAAGGGCCUUAUCCUGGUGUUAUGCUUCUCCAUGAUGCAUUACGUGGAUUACUCCAUGAUGUAUCAUCUGAUCAGAGGACAGUCUGUCAUCAAACUCUACAUCAUCUACAACAUGUUGGAGGUUGCAGAUCGCCUCUUCUCGUCCUUUGGUCAAGAUAUCCUUGAUGCUUUGUAUUGGACAGCCACAGAGCCAAAAGAGCGGAAAAGAGACAAUAUAGGAGUCAUUCCUCAUUUUGUUAUGGCUGUCUUUUAUGUCUUCCUUCAUUCCAUCCUCAUCAUGGUCCAAGCCUCUACUCUGAAUGUCGCCUUCAACUCACACAACAAGUCUCUGCUUACCAUCAUGAUGUCCAACAAUUUUGUAGAGAUCAAAGGAAGUGUGUUCAAGAAAUUUGAGAAGAACAACUUAUUCCAAAUGUCCAACAGUGAUAUUAAAGAACGGUUCACCAGCUAUGUUCUCCUGCUCAUUGUUUGUCUCAGAAAUAUGGAGCAGUUCUCGUGGAACCCAGACCACCUGUGGGCGUUGUUUCCUGACGUCAUCAUGGUCGUCUCCUCUGAAGUAGUAGUUGAUGUCAUUAAACAUGCUUUCAUUACUAAGUUCAACGAUAUCCCUGCAGAUGUGUACAGUGAAUACAGAGCCAGUCUGGCCUUCGACCUUGUCAGCAGUCGACAGAAGAAUGCUUACACUGACUACAGUGACUCAGUAGCUCGGAGGAUGGGCUUCAUCCCUCUGCCGUUAGCUGUUCUGCUUAUCCGGGUGGUAAUGAGCUCAGUGAAGGUGCAAGGAGCACUGUCAUAUACAUGUGUGUUCAUCUUUUACCUCGGGCUGGUAACAGUGAAAGUGUUGAACAGUAUUGUGCUGCUGGGAAAGUCGUGUAUUUACGUCAAGAGAGCAAACAUGGAGGACAAACUGUUUGAGAAACCCUCAGCUGCUGCAUCCUCUUCUGCAAAGAGCCCCAGCAAAGCCGAACCAGCCAGAUGUACCACACCUUCCGGUGAAUCCAAGAUGGAGCAGACUCCUGCUUCACCCUGCAAGCAACCACCCUCCUUUUCCUCUGUGACCACUCAGCCAACCCCCAGGACUAAUUUGUUUCCUCUGCCACUCACUGAUGCCUCCCCUGCUACACCACUCAGCCGUCCUCCUACUCCAUCUCCUAAAGCUGAGCUGGACCCACCUGCACCGUCUGUCUCAAAGGAAGAGGAGGAAGAGGAGGCCCAUGAGGCCUUAGAAACGAAGCACAGAACUCCCAAAAAAGACCUGCUGGAGAUCGACCGCUUCACAAUCUGUGGUAACAGAAUCGACUGAGCAGCAGCAGCCGCUGAUGAUGUAGCAAGUAACCACUCAGGAAAGAUGGGGAACAAAGGCUCCCUCACCGGGCCCUUCCAGCCAACAGCAGCAGAAAGCUGAGUAUUUAUUAAAGAAAUAAGGAAUACACAGUAAGUUAUUGACAAUGAGGACACAGUGUCAGACUGUUCUGCUGAUGUUGACACCUAAAGUCCAGAAGUUUGAAAAGAACUUCAGCUGGUUAAUAAACAGCAGGGGGCUGAAAGUAUGAGUGUGGCAGUCGAGUUGUUGGGAUGAACUGCAGUGUGUGUGUGUGUGUGUGUGUGUGUUUAAGACUCUUCGGUAAUGAGGGUAAAAGUUCUGGUGUGUAAGUGUGACUGCACAGAAGCACUUCCUGUAUGAGCAGCAGUGGGACCAAAAAAAAAGAGAAUUUUCAUCCUGCAGUCAGAAAACAAACUCAACUUUGAAGUUAAAGUAACACUGAAAUUGUGUUUUCCACCAAACAAGUGUUUACAGUUCAUUUAAAAUAUUGAUCAUAAUCAAAAUGUCAGUUUUCAAUACUAACCAACUAACCAGCUCAAACAUUGAUGCAUGCAAAUAAGAAAAGUGGUUCCCAACAUCACAACCAGGACCUUGUUAGUUGAAUAUGAAGUGUUUCACAGCCAGUUAUUUUAUUCAAAUGUUUUUAUUUUAACAAUGUGAAUAAUUAAGUCAAAUUUACCAUUAGGUGAUGGAUCUAAUUUGACUAACACGUCAA